GCAAACCUCAUUAAUUUGAAGGGGUAUAUGCUAUCUUCAUCUUUCUUUCUUUCAGAUGCUCCUUUGAGCUGAGACGUGCAGUUGCAGGGAAAGGGAGAGGAAAAUCAAGGGAGAAAAAUGCUUUACUGAAUAUAUAUUAUUCCUUAGAAAGAGACCUCAAGGAGAGGUUUGCUUGCUUGAUUUUGGUAUUUUUGAAGUGUUUACUGGAACCAUAUUAUGGAGUCUGCAAAUCUCAAUCGUCACCCUAAGGUUCAAGAACAGUAUGUUAAAUAUUCAUCUCUGGCAACUCAAACAGGCCAUCAUGAAGUAUCAGCGUCUGAUGAAUGGAACCCGAGCCUCGUUCCGAAUAUUGGUAGCAAAUACAAUAGGAAUCUGACUGAAACCAUCCCAAAAUCAAAGGAUCUAUGGGCACCGCCUUUGAUCAGGACUUCCAUGAAUCAAGAUCGCCUCAACCAACAAUCUGCCAGUGAGUUUCUCCUUGCAAAUAUCAAAGAUGAGAUGUCAGAUUCCUUCCCCAAACUGAGUGAGAUGAUGUACUGCCACUCCGGUGUAGAGGACUCGUAUUUACCAUCUAAAAAACACUAUAUAUAUCCUCAAUCUAGUGAUCUUGGAGGAAAUCUAUGGCACAGCAAUUUCUCCAUUGCUAACCACAUGACUGAGCUGCAGCUUUCAUCAGGAGACUUGUACAGGAAUGCUCAUCAGUCCCCAUGUUUGGGAACUGCAGCAGCAUCUAGCAGAUAUGACUUCAAUCAUAUCUUUCCAAGUACAUAUAUUUCCACCUCGGAUUUGUGUUCUACAUUGUUUUCAAGCUCUUUGGACUUGAACUUGAAGGCCUUGGAUCUUUUGACUUCUACAUAUGAUGGUGGGAGCUGUAAUCAAUCUUUACUUGAUAGUCCUGGGAAACUAAGCAGAAGUGUUCUUAUGGGCCAUGAUCACAUAAGAGAACGUAGUGAUAGUCCAUCCACCAGCUCCAAUAAAAUAUCAACCUUAGUUAGUGGAUCGAUUACAAGCACAAAGAGGCCUGGUAGCUUUUCUGAGACAAAGGAAUCCCAAACAGCUGCUAAGAAGCAUCGGUCCUCAACGUCACGAUCCCCAUGCCCAACAUUGAAGGUUAGAAAGGAGAAACUAGGAGACAGGGUUGCAGCCCUUCAGAAGUUGGUAGCACCUUUUGGCAAGACAGACACAGCCACUGUGUUAACAGAAGCCAUUGGGUACAUCCAGUUCCUGCAUGACCAAGUUCAGACACUGAGCGUGCCAUUUAUGAAGUCAUCACAAAGCAAGCUUUAUAGAACAGUUCAAGUGGGUUCGAACGAGGCGGAAGGACAAGAAGAGCAGAAGCGUGACCUUAGAAGUAGAGGACUAUGCCUUGUGCCCCAGUCUUACGCAUCAUAUUUUAUUAAUAGCUGCGAUGGUGGCAUUUAGGCAAUGUUUCCCCUAUUGAAAAAAACUUGAGGUUGUACGUAAGAAAUAUGGUUUUUGGCUUUUGGGAUUAUGAAAAUUAUAAACUACUACAGGUAGGAGUCGGC